UCUGAGUAUGAAAGCGUGGACUAUCCUUAAAAAACUUUCGAUUGGGUCCGAAAUUUCUUCGGCGAUGUCGUAUGCUCUUCGCUCAUCAGAGCCGCCAGGUGGCACGUAUUUGUUUCACUAAAGAACUCGCCUUUAUUAUAUACCCUCAAAUUCAGUGGUUUCCGCAAUUCUACUGCUGGGUUUGCUCAUAGGUUUUUCCAGUUCGGUUUUCUUGACCCAAUUCUCAGACAUAGUGAAGAAAAAGAAUAGGAGAGAGAGAGAUAUGUCAUUCAGUUCAGAUUGCUGGUUGCUUUCACUAGCAAUCCUACUAAUAGUGGCCACAUUUUCUCCAACUUCACAAGCUAGUAUAAGAAAUGAGAAUGGGUUGAAAACAAGCACCUUUCUAUCACCAAAGAUUGAACUAGAACCUGGAUCGGUCUCAAACAAAUACUACUAUGAUAUUGACUUCCCAAAAGGUCAUAUUGCUAUCAAAGAAUUUACUGCUGAAGUGGUUGAUGAAGCAGGGAACUCUGUCCCACUUCAUGAGACAUAUCUCCACCAUUGGGUCGUUGUAAGACUCAAUCGGCGCAAAGGUGUUGAAAAGAUGAAGUACUAUCCGAGUUUGGGCUUUCAUCAACCGGAUUAUGUUAUCGUGAGCAACUCCGGGGUUUGUCGUGGUCUUUCACAAUAUUUUGGCCUUGGAUCAGAGACAAGAAAGACAGACAACCAGAUCCCAAAUCCAUAUGGAAUAGAAGUUGGCAACCCUGAAGAUGUCCCUGAAGGUUAUGAGGAGGGAUGGAUGCUUAAUGUGCAUGCAAUUGAUACGCGUGGUGCAGAAGAUAGGUUGGGAUGCACCGAGUGCAGGUGUGACUUAUAUAAUGUCACCGAGGAUGAAUACGGGGAAACUAUUGGACAAGAUUAUAUUGGAGGCUUGAGAUGUUGCUAUGAUGAGAUGAGAUGCAGGGUAAAAGAAGGAUAUAAUGGUAUCAAAAGAAGUCUCUACCUAAAGUACACUGUCAAAUAUGUUGACUGGGAUUCCUCCAUUGUGCCUGUCAAAAUUUAUAUAUUUGAUGUCACUGAUACUUGGAGAACAUCUGAUGAAACCAAAGGUUCCAUGAAAGGGCACCACUGUAAGAUUGAAUAUGAUGUUGAGCCAUGUUCUGUUGCCGUGGCUAAUGAUAAAUGUGUUCAUACCCAAAGUGUAAGUAUAAGUUUGCCAAGUGGAGGGGAUGUCAUUUAUGGUGUUGCCCACCAGCACACAGGAGGGAUUGGUUCAACUCUUUACGGAGAGGAUGGAAGGACAAUAUGCUCAUCAUUUCCAAUUUACGGGGAGGGAAAUGAAGCAGGAAAUGAAUCUGGUUAUAUUGUAGGAAUGACGACCUGUUAUCCUCAGCCUGGUUCUGUCAAGAUUGCCGAGGGCGAGAUGCUAACCGUUGCAUCUAAUUAUAGCAGUAGCCACAGUCACACCGGAGUCAUGGGGCUUUUUUACAUUUUAGUCGCCGAACCUUUGCAGACAUCCAAUUCUAUCAUGCACACCCAACACAAGACAGGUGAAACGGUGAACCCAACAUAUGCUCUUUGGGCUUUAUUUGCACUGUGUGGAAUUGCAGUGAUUGCUGCUGCUAUUAUCGCUGUUAAGCGUAGUACAGAAAGGGACAACGGCUACGAAGCUAUAGUUGUCUGAGGUUGCCGUGUCCUUAUAAGGUUUAUGUUGCGUUUAUACAUUUAUAUGUGCUUUGCAUAUGCAUGUUUAUAGCCCUAAACUUGUGGAAAGCUUGGGGGUGUACCAUUACUACUUUUCCUUCUUUGGGUCUCUUUAUGUGGCAUUUGUGUGUGUAUGUUCUUCAACUUUUUGAAUGUUUGGUGUUUGAGUUUAGUACAUUUUUGGUUCUUUGCAUCUCUUUUCAAGUCUGGACAUUUUUUAUUUUAAAGAAAACUCUUUGUUAUGAUAUGUGAAAAAAAUAAAGAUUUAUUUCG